UUGGCUCGGGGAAGCGCCGCCGCCGCCGCCACCAAACAAACCGGAGCGCGGCCCCGGGAACGGGAGCGCGGGGUCCUGCCGCCGCCGCGCCUCCCAUGAGCCGGGCACGGCCGGCCAGCGAGGCUGAGCUGUGUGGGAGCACGGACGCGAGGGAAGGAUGCCUGUGGUGUGGCCGACCCUGCUGGACCUCAGCAGGGAUGAGUGCAAGAGGAUCCUGCGCAAACUGGAGCUGGAGGCCUAUGCAGGUGUCAUCAGUGCCUUACGAGCGCAGGGAGACCUCACCAAGGAGAAGAAGGAUCUUCUGGGAGAACUCUCCAAAGUGCUUAGCAUUUCCACGGAGCGACACCGCGCCGAGGUUCGGCGGGCGGUGAACGAUGAACGGCUGACCACCAUUGCACACAACAUGUCUGGACCCAACAGCUCCUCAGAGUGGUCCAUCGAGGGCCGUCGCCUGGUGCCGCUGAUGCCGCGGCUGGUGCCGCAGACGGCCUUCACCGUCACCGCCAACGCCGUGGCCAACGCCGCCGUGCAGCACAACUCCUCCCUCCCCCUGCCUGCAGACACCGGCAGCAAGGAAGUGGUGGUUUGCUUUUCCUACACAAGUAGCACUUCAGCCCCAACCUCCACCCCAGUUCCAAGUGGCAGUGUAGCAGCAGUGAAGUCCCCCAGGCCCGCCAGCCCAGCCUCCAGUGUAGUCAUCUUGCCAAGUGGAAGUGCUGUGUACGUCAAAAGUGUCAGCUGCUCGGACGACGAUGAGAAGCCCCGCAAAAGGCGGCGAACAAAUUCCUCCAGCUCUUCCCCCGUGCUCCUGAAAGAAGUCCCGAAGGCAGUGACUCCUGUCACCAAAACUAUCACGGUGCCUGUAAGUGGCAGCCCCAAAAUGAGUAACAUAAUGCAGAGCAUUGCCAACUCCCUGCCACCACACAUGUCGCCUGUGAAAAUAACCUUCACGAAGCCCUCGACGCAGACGACAAACACCACAACACAGAAGGUGAUAAUAGUAACCACCUCUCCAAGCUCGACUUUUGUACCCAACAUCCUGUCCAAGUCCCACAACUAUGCAGCAGUCACCAAGCUGGUCCCCACGUCGGUGAUCGCCUCCACGACGCAGAAGCCGCCGGUGGUGAUCACGGCGGCCCAGCCCUCGGUGGGCAGCAGCAGCAGCAGCAGCUGCCCCGCUGCCCCCUGCACUGCCAGCACCAUUGCUGUCACUGCUGUCGUGUCCUCCACGCCCUCCGUGGUCAUGUCCACCGUGGCACAAGGUGUGUCCACAUCAGCCAUCAAGGUGGCCUCCAGCAGGCUGCCCUCCCCGAAGGCUCUGGUGGGCAGCCCCUCGCAGCUCCUGGCGCAGUUCCCCAAGCAGCACCAGCAGCCUCCCAAGCAGCAGCUGCACCAGGUCCCGCCGGCCCAGCAGCAGCAGCAGCAGCUGGUGCCCUCCUCGGGGGCCCAGCAGCAGCCCCAGCAGGCCCAGCUGCCCCCUGGCAUCAAGCCCACCAUUCAGAUCAAGCAGGAAUCAGGUGUUAAAAUAAUCACUCAACAGGUGCAGCCCAGUAAAAUCCUUCCCAAACCAGUUACAGCGACCUUGCCCAGCAGUAGCAAUUCACCCAUUAUGGUGGUUAGCAGUAAUGGGACUAUCAUGACAACUAAACUGGGCACUACUCCCACUGGCGCUCCAGCGACGUACACCCGGCCCACGGUGAGCCCGUCCCUGGGGGCUCGCAUGGCUGGCACCCCAGGGGCUGCCACCUACGUCAAAACCACCAGUGGCAGCAUCAUCACCGUGGUCCCAAAGUCCCUGGCCACUCUGGGAGGGAAGAUUAUCAGCAGUAACAUUGUCUCUGGAACUACAACCAAAAUCACCACAAUUCCAAUGACAUCCAAACCCAAUGUGAUUGUUGUGCAAAAGACUACUGGGAAAGGAACUACAAUCCAAGGGCUUCCAGGCAAGAACGUUGUCACGACGCUGCUGAACGCUGGGGGGGAGAAAACUAUUCAGGCAGUGCCAGCAGGAGCAAAACCUGCUAUCAUCACUGCCACAAGACCCAUCACAAAAAUGAUUGUUACACAGCCCAAAGGAAUAGGGUCCACGGUCCAGCCAGCCACCAAAAUCAUCCCAACUAAAAUUGUUUAUGGGCAGCAAGGGAAAACGCAGGUCCUGAUCAAGCCAAAGCCAGUGACGUUCCAGGCCACAGUGGUGAGUGAGCAGACCAGGCAGCUGGUGACAGAGACGUUGCAGCAGGCAUCCAGGGUGGCAGAGACAGGAACCCCAGCUCUGCCAGAGGUGAAGGAGGAACCACAGACCUACACCGACAGCAGCUCCUCGUCCACAGAGUCCUCCCAGAGCUCUCAAGAUUCUCAGCCUGUGGUCCAUGUGAUUGCUUCGAGAAGUCAAGACUGGUCAGAACAUGAAAUUGCUGUGGACACAAGCCCUACAAUAAUUUACCAGGAUGUAUCCAGUGAAUCUCAGUCAGCUACUUCCACAAUAAAAGCUUUGCUGGAACUUCAGCAGACAACAGCAGUGAAGGAGAAGUUGGAAUCGAAGCCAAGGCAGCCCACCAUUGACCUGAGCCAGAUGGCUGUUCCAAUCCAGAUGACUCAAGAAAAGAGGCAUUCCCCAGAAAGUCCUUCAAUUGCUGUUGUAGAGUCAGAAUUAGUGGCUGAAUAUAUCACAACUGACUCAGGAAGACAACACUGUAUUGGUUCACAUUCGGAAGAAUAUCUACACAACCAUAUAGUGAGCCAUCGGCAGCCCCCGGCGCCGGCGCAGCCCCCGCGGACCCUCCUGCAGCACGUGGCGCAGUCGCAGACGGCAACGCAGACCUCUGUGGUGGUGAAAUCCAUCCCCGCCUCCUCCACGGGCGCCAUCACCCACAUCAUGCAGCAGGCCUUAAGCAGUCACACUGCAUUUACGAAACACAGUGAACAACUUGGGACCGAGGAGGGAGAAGUGGAAGAGAUGGACACCUUAGAUCCUCAGACUGGCCUGUUUUACAGAUCUGCCCUGACACAGUCACAGGCACAAAAGCAGCAAAAACUGAGUCAGCCACAGCUGGAACAGACUCAACUGCAAGUGAAAACUCUGCAGUGCUUCCAGACCAAGCAGAAGCAGACAAUCCACCUGCAGGCCGACCAGAUCCAGCACAAACUCCCGCAAAUGCCCCAGCUUUCCAUAAGGCAUCAAAAGCUAACCCCCCUGCAGCAGGAGCAAGCACAGAGCAAACCAGAUGCACAGCACCCCCCCCACCACAUGAUGGCCAAAGAGAGGCAACUCCCCACCUUAGUGGCACAGCCACAGCAAACUGUAGUGCAGGUGCUGGCAGUAAAAACCACGCAGCAGCUGCCCAAACUGCAGCAGGCACCAACGGCACAAAAAAUCUACGUGCAACCCCAGCCCCCCCCGAGCCCAGUGCAGCUCCCUGCCUCUUCAGACAAGCAGCCAGCGAGCCAGGCACCCCCGGAGGCAGCAGUAGCAGAUAUUUUGAGAGUGUCUGUGGUGGAAGCUCACACUGAUGCAAACAUAGAGCACACGGUAGUGGAUCCCCCAGACCAGGCCACGUCCACUAGUAAAGUCUCUAGUGAAGCAGAGUCGUCACCUUGUCCCCAGGUGCCUCGGGUGGCUGCUCUAGGGACGACGGCAACAACCUCCACCCCCCAGCAACAGCCCCGGACAGAGCCCAGCCCAGCCCCUCCUGCUGCUGCUGCUGCUGCUGCUCCCGCCGAGGCACAGGGAGUGCCCCCAACAAACCAGUUUGUGCACAUUCAGAACCUCUCCCAGAAGAAGGCUGAAGAGAGCUCCUCAGAGGUCGUCGUCCAGACUAUCCCUCACUAUUCCAUCCCUUGUCACUCCAGCUCCAACGUGGUGGUGGAACCCAGCGGGCUCCUGGAGCUCAACAACUUCACCAGUCAGCGCCUGGAUGAUGAGGAGACGGCGAUGGAGCAGGAUGGGGACAGUGGCCCCGAGGAUGGCCCCGAGCCCAGCCCCUCCCGGAGCUCUGCUGAGCAAUCCUGAGCAACUGGGACGCUGGAGUGCACUUUAGAAUGUCUUGGGAUUCUGAGGAUCCGAGAUGCCCUCGUGUUGUGAUGUCCUGGAGCACUUUGCCCCGUUAGAGUUGUUCGUUGGACCCUCGGAGCAUCGGUGUGUUUUAACAAGACGGCGUCGCAGAACCCGCGUCUUCAAAACUGUUUCCAAAAGAAAAAAAAAAAAGAGAAGAAAAGAUGUAGUUCCCAAGAUUUAGUGAAGCUGUGACAGUGGAAUGUACUCCUGCUCAAACACCAGACUGCAGCAAACUCUGCAGCUCGUGCUCUGGAAGCCCCUGCCCAGAUAUUCAAACAGCUCCCGGUGAAAAGGGGUCGUCGCUUUGCCGGGUCCUUCCCUUGAGAAAAACACCAUCCAAAAAAAAAAAAAAAGAGAGAGAACAUGUAAUAAAUGCUUGUAUUUUCAAACAGCAUGUGGGAGAAGAAGUGUCUCUGACAGUGCUGGAAUUUUGGAAUUGGUCAGCUUUCUUGCUCACUUAGAGAUAAGAUUUGGUGGGGUUUUUUUCAUAAGACUAAAAAUAUAUUUUUUUUAAAUUCUUGUUGGUGAAUGUUUGGAAAUAAGCAAAAUCACUAACUGACAGAAAAGUGGAUUUGCUGGUGGAUUUUGUUUUCAUGCUUUACAAGAAGUAGGGAGAUGGUAUAUGAGGCAUUUCUUUUGCCAUAAGUGCACAAAAUGCUCAUCUACUCCAGUUAAUCUUUGAUUAUUUAUUAAAGUGAGGCCAAGUUGUUGAAGAAGUUCCUGUGAAACAGGCAGUUGUGUUAAUUCUGAUACAAACUGAGUUGGGGGGGUGUCUUUUGCUAUAAAUCAGUUUUUCAAAAUUGGGGAUAAGUGGUUCAACGUCUUUCCAAGUUGAACUUGUGAAUUUAGAAGUGAUGUAAGGCUUUUAAAAAUCUGUAUUUUACUCUUACAUGCUGUUCUUAAAGUUGACCGUUUGGGGAGUUUAAAAGCUUAAAUGGGCAUAGAGGGGCAGGUUUCCAAAAUGAGCCUUAUGCCUUGGCUUGUUGAAGCAAUACAUUGGGGUUUGUGAUAGUUCCAGGUCAUGGAGACAGGUUUGGGUUCAGAGGGGAGGAGAGAACCAGUUUUAAUACCAGUUUUAAUACAUUCUGGUAAUCAAGACUUUUUUUUUUUUUUUUUUCCCAAAUGUGUAUAAAACCACGUUUUUAACUGUUUUGUAUAGAUUUCAUUAUAAAUAACUGAGCGUUUUCCGACUUUGCCAUAUCAUUUCAUUGUACAUACAUCUGGAAGCCUAACUGCCCACGGUUUGGUGCUCAAGUACUACUGUAAGUAGAUCUCAUCCAAAGUCUAAUACAGCUCUUUGCCUCAGUCUUUUUUUUUUUUAAGCUGUGAUUUUGCUGUUGAUAUUGUAGUAAAGGUUAAAUUCCAACUGGAGUAACUCAAACGAAAAAAAUACAAACCCUAAACCCCA